AUGCCAAUUACGACAAGUCGGUUAUUCCCUUGUACAUUAUUAAGACCCAUUCAAAUUUUUUAUUAUUCGGGUUAUAUAGCUUCAUUUUUCAAUUAUAACAGCUCUAUAAGACUUUGCAGGAGUGGGUGUGAGGCCCCCACAUUAGACACGGUUCCUGAUAUGAUAGAAACCAACAAGAUUCAUUAUAAAGGAGAUUAUUUCUCAUCAGUUUCUACAUCUACAUAUAGAGAUAACUCAAUACUUACAUAUUAUGGCGCUGUGAAUGAUUAA